AUGGCGGCCAAUGAAGGAGAAAAGAGAUUAACUGCUGAAGAUAUUGAAAAGGAUAAUCGCGAUGUUGCCGACCUGUGGAAGGACGCCCUCAAGCAGUACAAGGGUAUCGUUGGAUUUGACCUUCAGCCCAAGUUCAACAAUGUCCAGGCCAUGAUAGACUUCGGCACAGGGGAAAUGAACAGCUUUCACAAAUUUCGACAUAACAGCAAAAAGGUGGACAAGCUUCGAAGCCUCUUUGCCGCCAAUAUCGACUACAUCGAGAAAGGCGCUCAGCAGCUGAUAAGCGCUGCUACUCCUGCCUUUCCACCAGCUGCUGCCAUUGGCACCGCCAUCACAUAUCUUCUCUCGGCUUGUAAACAAGUUUCAGCCGACUAUGAUGUCGUCGUUGUAUUCUUUGAAGACAUGAACAGCUUCCUAGAGCGUGUGACCAUCUUGGAGACUCGGCUCCCAUCGCAUAAAGCAUUCCAGAAUUGUCUUAUGGACGUCUUUACAUCCUUUCUAACCUUGACUGGUUAUGCGCACAAGUACAUAGAACUUGGCCGUUUUAAGAAAUGGAUAACCAAUUUGAUCGGAGGCGAGGAUGGCGAUUUGAGUGGUGCUCGGAAGAAGAUGGACAAAGACCUCACUAGGCUGCAGAAUGCCACCGAAUUCGCCAUCCUUGGUAACAGCGAAGAGCUCAAGAAGAUGAAUGGUGAGCUGCAGGUCAACCAAGUAGAGCAUACGCGCAUGCUCGAAGAACAGAAAGAAGUCAUUUUCUCAAUCAGCCAAGACACUGAGAAUAUCCGGACCGACGUUGCGAAACUCCUCAAAGCAUUCACGGAACAGAAUGCCAAGCACGACCACAAGGGCAAGCCAUCAUCUCAAGAGGCAUCAAAACCAGCAUCAGCCAGUCGCGUGCGAAACGUGAUGCCCGACGUGGAGGGAGAGGGCCAUGAGUAUAAAAUCCUCAAAGAAACCCUCAUUCCGGAUACCUGCACGUGGGUUUUCUCUCAACCGGAGUGGGAGGCGUGGAUAAAACCAGACGAAAAGGACGCUACAGUGCCGAAGCCAAUACUUGCUUUGGCUGGACCGCCAGGUACCGGCAAAAGUCACCUGGCCGCGACAGUAUACGAUAAGCUCUACAGUAUUGCAAAAGAAGACUCUACUCAGCGUACCUGCGUGGCUCAUUUCUACUUUCGAGAGCAGGUCAGAGAUCUAUGUUGGUUUUUGAAGGGAAUCGUCACUGUCAUCAUCCAGGUAGUGGAGCAAAGUGCGCCGCUGUGCGAGAGGAUCAACGCCGAGCUGGUUCGCGACGAGAACGUUUACAACGUCUGGGAAUGGAAAGACCUGUUGCUCAGAAUAUUGGGGCCUUCGUUUAGCAAGAACUCUCCUAAUCGUCUAACUAUUCUCUUUGACGGUCUUGACGAGCUUGUUAACUUUCCUCAGUUUCCCGAGUUUGUUAAACUGAUCAAAGAGGAGGGUUUCCGCAUAUCCAUUGCGGUUACAUCCCGGCCUGCACUUCUGCAGCAGCUCUCGGAGCAAGCUGAAGUAAGCACCAUAGAGAUCACGAAGGAGAAACAGUUGGCGGAUUUUAAAUCACUUAUAUGGCAUCGGAUCAAUGAUUUGGGCUAUCUUAAGAGAUUUACACGCUACGUCCAGCAAAGGAUUGCAGAAAAGGUGGAAGAGGUCUCACCAAACCUGCUAUAUGUUGAGCACACUUUGGCAAGACUCGACGCACUUGGUCGCGAAGGUGCGGCUCUACAAGUGCUCGCUCGUCCGCUGCCAGAAACUCUGCAGGGUGUUUACGAGCUCAUGUUGAACGAAUGUCAGCGCCGAAUGCCCGCUGCUCGCCAGCAGAUUGCACUUAAACUGCUUCACUGGCUUGCGUUUUCUCGCAGGGUCCUUACUCUCGACGAAGUCACGUCGCUGCUGGUGUAUCUUUCUAAAGAUGACAACUUCACCCUUGAGGAGAUUCCAGAAGUGGCUGCCAAGUUUCUUCAAGUUGGAGAUCCAGCUUUGGAUGCAGAGUCACGAAGCGGCCGCCGAAACGCCUACGUUACCUCACUUGAAGAUGUCGAAAAGGCGGAUUCGACGUCGAACAGUCCAGACGAUGUCUAUAAUGAUGGCUCUUUGCCUGUCAAGUUUAAAGAAAGAUCAAUGCGCGCAUUUUUCAGAGAUGCCGCGUCUUUAAUAAACUCUGACUGGCGCUUCACAGCAUCAGAAGCCAGCCGCCAGAUAUUGUUGGACAGUGUCAAUCUCGUAAAGGCAGAGCCGCUAGGUCCGGGGCACUCGAUUAAAGAAUCGCUGCGACUAUAUUCUGCCUACUGGCUACUUUCUCACUUUUGUGAAAUCAAAUUGGAUGAGCACACACCUCAAGAGAAGGCGGAAGUUAUGGAAGGGUUUGCGAUGGCGCUUUCGCACACCGACUAUGCAGAAACCCUUAGUCGCACUGGGAUGGUAUACAAUAGGAGCGUAAAGAAUACGGUGAACGAUACGGUAGCUCGGUGGGCCGAGAAUCUCAAGAUUCAAGAAAUCUCAUCCAUCUUGACACCCUCUACAGCCUCCUGGUGGGCUGAAGUUGCGACUGAUUCUCGAAACUGCCGCCUGGGAGUGGCCAAGGGAUACGCUCGUCUGAUUUACACCGCAGCCGAUGUUGGAGCGGCAUUGACAGUGUACAAGCUGCUCUAUGGCCUUUUGGGCGUUGCUGGCCUCGAUGACCUCCUUACCGAUAAAGCUAAAGCGAAUUUCCCGGAAGAAGCCCAAGUGGCUAAAUCUGUCACUCCUACCUCCAGCGAUGGCGAAAACGUUGAAUCCCAGACCAAGGAAGAGCUUGGCGAAGAGAAGAGCUCACUCGGAUUGCCUGACCUCUUCAGCGACCUUGAAAUGGAUUGCACUGCGUAUCGAGCCGUGGGAGAACUUUUCUUCCAUUAUAAGCUGUACAAACCUGCAGAAUCAAUGUGCGAGAAGGCAAAUGCUGCUCUUACUGUUGGAGAUGAUCAUACGGAAAAAUUCAAGAUCGCCAUCUUGCACUGUAAUAUCCUGUUGAAACUUCACAAGAAAGACGAUGCUUUCAAAACUAUCCAAGAGUGUGUCAUGGGCAUUGAAAAAGCCAAUGUCCCUACCUCACUCAAACGACUUGCUCUGUUGGCAAAUGCAAAGGUCGAAACAAAGCGAGGGAUGCGCGAAGCCGCAGCUGAUUCCUACACCUUCGCAAAAUUGAUCGAUCCCACGGGGCUGAGCCCAGGAGAUUCUCUUGUUAACGAGCUUAACUUAUUUGAGAAAGCAUCUGACUACGCUGGAUACUUUCAAACAUUGAAGAGCUGGAGUUCCAGCGAUAGGCUGACUUGGAUGGCCUGGAACUAUUGCAACGAAGGCCAUGAGCGUCAUGAUGUCCUUCGAGCUCUCGCCAUCCAAGAGGGCGAAACUCAUUUUCUCAUCGAAGCCUAUAAGGACGCUGCCCAGUUCCUGGAUCGACUGAAUGCUGGUGCUCCUAUGCGCCUCGAGCUGGCAGUGACCUACUUCAGAGCAGCUGGAGAUCUUGAGAAUUCUCGCAAAUGCCUGGAAGAAGUGUUUGCGAGCACAUCUACUGGAUAUCCGUAUUCCAUAACAGACGAGGAGCCACAAUCUACGCUCCAGCGUGCAGUAGAUACCAUGUCUGAUGUCUUGUACGAAACGUUUCGGGGCUCGCGCGAUCCAAACGUCAAAGCAGAGGUGCUUGCAGCACUUAAAGGGCUGAUGGACCGACCACUUUCUUUGUCAGUGCCAAUCUACACAGCCUUGGACCUUGUUCAUCGCCGAAUUGUCAUUGCGUCAAUGUGCUUGAAAAUGGGGCAAGGAAGCGAGUUCCAGGAGCGGCUGCAGAGCAUUCUUGAUGACUGCUUCGCUGGCCUGACUGACAAAGUCUCCUGGAACGAUGGUCAGAACUUGGAAAAGCUGGGCCAUGCGCUGAUGGUGUUGAGUAAAGCUAUUCCAGAGGGACAAGACAUCCAACGCUACGCGCGAAUUGUCGUGUCUGCCAUGUUUUCCAAGAUUACUUACGUUGAAGGCGAGGAAGAUGGAUCAGACUCUGAGUCUGAUGCGGGCUCUGAGUCCGACGCAGACUCAGAAUUCGGAUCCGGUGAUGAUCAAAACAGCGAUGGAGAUGCAAAACUCAAAGGAGCAAGGGCGACCUUUGAAGGAAUCUCGCAUUUUGAAACCUUGGCGAGCCUCAGAAGCGGAAAAUCGUCGGCUCCAAAAGACGAGGGAGAUCUUGCUAAUCCUAGCAUUGCCGUAUACACCUGCGAUGGAGGCAUAUGCAGCCCCCUGGCUGGAUAUGCAUGGUGGGGAGAUUCGGUGGUGCAUUACUGCGCUGAAUGCUCCACGACUCUGAUUUGCGAAGUUUGCUACAAUGCUAGACAUCACCCUGAGAAGGUGGGAUCGCCCAAGGUCAUGCAUUUCUGUGACAAAGCACAUAACUACAUCAAGCUUCCAGUAGAGGGCUGGCGGGGCAUAAAGGAUGGCAUGUUGAGGUUGGAUGGAGAAGAGCCAGUCAAGUUUGAUGACUUUCUCAGUCAUCUGCAGAAGGAUGUUGUUAAAGAUGCUUGGGAUCGAUUCUGGGUGGGAGCUUGA